GGUCAGGUGAUAUCAUGGCGGCGGAAGAGACGGAUGUGGAUGUAGAAGGGGACGUGGUCGCGGCGGCAGCACAGCCGGGAAGUAAUGAAAAUGCAGCAUCAGUUUUACAACAAGAUCACUAUCUUGAGUCAUCAUGGAGAAAUGCGAAUGGCCUUAUUCCGUGGACUCUAGAUAACUCCAUCAGUGAAGAGAACAGAGCUGUCAUUGAGAAAAUGUUAUUGGAGGAAGAGUAUUAUUUAUCUAAAAAAUCUCUUCCAGGAAAAUUCUGGCUUGAUCAAAAGGAUGGUAAAAAAUACCUGAACAGGGUACAAUCUCCUACAAAACCAGCCAGUUACUCAGUAAAGUGGACGAUAGAAGAAAAAGAGCUGUUUGAACAAGGGCUGACUAAAUUUGGUCGAAGGUGGACCAAAAUUGCAAAGCUAAUUGGAAGUCGCACUGUUCUACAAGUGAAGAGUUAUGCCAGACAGUACUUUAAAAAUAAGGCAAAGUGGGGUCCUGAGAAAGAAACACACAGUGAGAAGAGUAGCAGUGAAAUUCAGGUUGAAAAUGAAGAUAAAGGUGCCGCAGCCCAGAUGCCAUCGUAUCCAAGGGGACGCGUUGAUCCUAACUUGAAUGCUGUAAAGAUUGAAAAGUUGUCUGAUGAUGAAGAAGUAGACAUCACUGAUGAGGUAGAUGAGUUGACUUCUCAAACACCACAGAAGAAUCCUGACAGUGGUCUCUCAUUGGACAGUCCUAAUAGUAAAACACACGAAACCAGUCACCGAGUAUGUGUACCCCAGGCAAGUCCCAUUUCUGAGUCUUCCGGGGAGUACCUUCAUAGUAUAAAGCAAGAUGAAAUGGAAAUGCAUGCAAGCUCAGAAAACACAUUAUGGACUGAAGAACAGAGCACCAGUGGCAAAAACUCAGUUGAGUUAAGUGACGAAAAAUGUAAUAAGCUGCAUGAUGGAAACAGAAUAAUAGAUGAUGCCAGGCCAAGGCCUUCUUCAGAGCUUUGUGAAAUUCAGAAGGAUCCAAGUAAUAAUGAAGUGCUUUUUCAUUCUUACCAAAUGGUGGAGGAAAGCCAUGAGGAAGAAGAGCUUAAGCCACCAGAACAGGAAGUAGAAAUAGAUAGAAAUGUCAUUCAAGAAGAAGAAAAACAAGCAGUUCCUGAGUUUUUUGAGGGGCGCCAAACAAAGACACCAGAGCGCUAUUUGAAAAUUAGAAAUUACAUUUUGGAUCAAUGGGAGAUGCGCAAACCGAACUACUUGAAUAAGACCUCAGUACGCCCUGGCCUGAAGAAUUGUGGAGAUGUCAACUGCAUUGGACGGAUUCAUACAUACCUGGAGUUGAUAGGAGCGAUCAAUUUUGGAUGUGAACAGGCUGUGUAUAAUAGGCCACAACCAAUUGAUAAAGUUCGAGUCAGAGACAGAAGAGAUGCUGUAGAGGCAUACCAGCUUGCACAGCGCCUGCAGUCUAUGCGCACUAGGAGGCGGAGGGUCCGAGACCCAUGGGGAAACUGGUGUGAUGCAAAGGAUUUAGAAGGACAGACAUUUGAGCAUCUCUCUGCUGAGGAGUUGGCAAAAAGAAGAGAAGAGGAAAAUAACAAACCUGCCAAAUCUUCAAAAGUGUCAAGAUCAACAAAAAGCUCAUUUGAUCCCUUCCAGCUGAUACCUUGUAAUAUUUUUAGUGAAGAAAAGCAGGAGCCAUUUCAGGUGAAAGUGGCUUCAGAAGCACUUUUAAUAAUGGAUUUGCAUGCUCAUGUUUCUAUGGCCGAAGUAAUUGGUCUGUUAGGAGGAAGAUACUCAGAAGUUGGUAAGAUAGUGGAAGUCUGUGCAGCAGAACCAUGUAACAGUCUCAGUACAGGACUACAGUGUGAGAUGGAUCCUGUAUCACAAACACAGGCCUCAGAAACCUUGGCUGUUAGAGGGUACAGUGUAAUUGGAUGGUAUCAUUCUCAUCCUGCAUUUGACCCUAAUCCUUCCUUACGAGAUAUUGACACACAGGCCAAAUACCAGAGUUACUUCUCAAGAAGAGGUGCAAAAUUCAUUGGGAUGAUUAUUAGUCCCUAUAAUCGAAACAAUCCUUUGCCGUAUUCCCAGAUUACUUGCCUCGUCAUCAGUGAGGAGAUCAGCUCGAAUGGCUUCUAUCGUUUACCUUACAAAUUUGAAGUACAACAGAUGUUAGAAGAGCCUCAGUGGGGAUUAGUGUUUGAAAAGACAAGAUGGAUAAUAGAAAAAUACAGGCUCUCCCGUAGUACUCGUUCCAUCAGCUUGUUCUCUACUUGUUCCUGCAGCAGUGUCCCCAUGGAUAAACUCUUUCGCCGGGACUCCGACCUGACUUGUUUGCAGAAACUUUUGGCGUGUCUGAGGAAAACUCUGAGCACAGUAACCAAUUGCUUCAUUGCUGAGGAAUUUUUGACUCGCAUAGAAAAUUUGUUCCUUUCCAGUUACAAAAGCAAGCGAGAAGAUGGAGUGACCGAAGAGAACUGUACAAAGGAAUUGUUAAUGUAAUUAUUUUAAUGUAAGACAUUUUAAUCUUGACACGAUAGAUCCUGCUUUCACAUUUGAACAUUGAAAUCCUUAUAGUUUAUCAGUGGCACGAUUUCACUAAAUUGCCCAGGCUGGGCUCACAGAGCGCUGAGAUUACAGGUAUGCACCACCACGCCCAACUUGGCUUGUUCUCAUGCCAUGGCCAGCAGCGUUAUGGAAACCAGGGCCCACUGCAGUCUUCCCGUCUUUCAUUAAGUAAUGCAGUAAACUAUGAAAAUGUACACAGAUGGUCUGUGUUAUUGUUUUGUUCAGAUUGAUAAGUGGAAUAUUUAAUUUUCACUUAUUCCCAGGCUUGUGGUUUAUCAUUUUCUAUUUUGUUGUCUCAUACUCAUUAGAGGUACUUCCAUAUGUUCUGGUGGGAUUUGUGUGUAUAUUUGUUAUUUGGGGUUGCAAAUGAGAUAUGGAUGGGUGGUCACUGAGAUAAUUAACAUGAUUGAGAACUACUGAUUAAUAAAUCUAACAACAUACUAUAUGGGGCCAUGAGAAAACUUCUGAUAGAGAAGAGACCUAAAGGAAAGAAAUUAGCAAUUUUUGAUCAUAGAUAUUUGCUGUCAUUUUAUUAUACACUUAUCUAUUCAUAUACAUAACAGUUUCAUCCAACUGUAUACCCACUUAAAUUAGUGUGUGAUAAAGUUUCGUUUAACUAGACCGGGUAAUUGUGACCCAAACUAGUGCUCCCCCCAUCUAAUACCAGGAGAAUGAGUCAAAUUACAGUAAAGCUUGAAUAAACCAGAGAUUGCUUUUUAGAUGCUAAAAAAGCCUUAUGGCUUUCACAUAUCCAGCCCAGUUUUCAUAUAUUUUCUGAAUAUACCCUGGAGGUCAAGCAAAAAUGUUUAUGUCACAACAGUCAGUUAGUAAAUGAUGUCAACUUCAGCCAGGAGUAGUUUCUGUCAGAAUAGUCAUCUUAUUUUUUAUAACAUUUUACAAAUGUAAAAAUCCUUCUCAGGUAUUAGGCCCGACAGAAUAUAGGCAACUGACUGGAGAAUUACGAGCAGUAGAAUGUAGUUACACUCCUUGGCCUGAGAUCCUGAAUGUGCUUGCUUCAGAAGGCUCGAAACGCAGAAUUGUGAUCUACAUUUAAGAGCACAGUUUUCAAGUGUAAACAAGCAGUCAUGCUAUUAGCUUUUUAUUAACCAGAGAACUAAUAUUUACCCAUUCUCCCAGCAUUUUUAUUGUUGAGAGUUUCACUGUAUAUCUAAAGUAGAUGUGUUUCAACAUUUUUGCUUCACUUGUUUGUAGUCAAUACCCAAAACAGGGGCUGGGGUUUUAGCUCAGUGGCACAGCACCUGCCUGGCAAGAGCAAGGUCGUGAGUUCGAAUCCUGGUACCGGAAAAAAAAAACCCAAAAAAAAUACCCGAAACAGAAUAAGGCACUAUUGAAAGGAACAGCUUUCCAUUUUUAGAUGGCCUGGAUCUCAACAUUGUGGUUUUGGGAGAUAGUUUGCCUUCUGUGGGCCUGGGUUCUUCUGUGUAACUUAGUCCUAAAUUAAAUUCAUAGUAUUUUUCUAGGUCUAAAAUUUUAGGGUUCAUUCUGUUUGUUAGACUACUCAUUUGAAAUUUUUGUAUUUUUAGAUAGCACAAUACAAAAAUUAACACAUUUUUAAAAAGUAUUUCUACUUUGUGUGCAGCUAUGAUAAACAAUGAAGUAUGACUUAUAAGAUCAUUGCUUUGAGGGCUGGGAGUACAGUGGUCCCUCAAGUUAAUGACUGGCCUGACAUACAAACAAUUUGGGUUAUGACCCAAAUUAUAGUUUUAACUUACAACCAAAGUCUUGGCUUAUGACCCAACUGCUGGUCAUUUGUGCUUCCAGCUGGUCUCAUACAGAUUUAACCCUUAAAGAAAGGCCCUUGGGAAAUCCUGAGCCAGUGUCUCUCUAAGACACUGAGAUCUGCCUGUGUAUAGGAGAGAAACUUUGAAGUCUGUGUAGAGGAGCCUGAGAGACAAUUUGAGUUGCGUCCAGCCCUCGGGAAUGAAUUGAGUUCACAAGUCAGGGUUCUACUGUAUAAGAGAUCUAGGCCUGAGCUGUUAUCCUAAUUCGUUUACCAGCUUUGCUGUGUGACCUUGGUCAGGUCCUUUCACCUUCCUGGACCCUAGUCUCAUCCACUGAAUUUAGGUGUGUGAAUUUUAAAACUUGGUGUUGCCUUCCAUGCACAGGUCUGUGAUACUCUGAAAGGUACUAAUUUACUUGUGCUCUUCCUUCAGACUCCUUUCUUUGUUGAUGCUCUACUUCCCUGUAAGAUAGGUGAAUUUGGCUGAUAGAAAUUGCUGAAAGUUCUGUUCUCACACUGAGCCCUCCUACAUGCUAGUGGUUAACCGUGUUUACUAACCUAAGCUGUACUUCAAGGAACUCAAAGAUGGUAAUUGCCAGAGCUGAAGGCUUUGGGAGCCCCAUUUUUAAAAUAAUGUAGACGUAGUAUGGUUUUCUGACAUAGAGUACAUUUAUGAAGUACUUUUACAACGCAGAAACACACACACCAAGUACUGACAUCUCAAUCUUACGGUAUAGUAGAAACUGCAGUUCACAUGUUGGUUAAACCCCCUGUCCCCCUUAACAAUAUUACUCUAUUUUACUUUGUUUUUAACGUUACAUUUUUUAGGAGGACAUGUUCGUUGUAUAUAUUGGUCACCUGCAUCACAAGGAAUGUGUUUCCUCCCAUUUUGUUUUCCCUUUUUCCUUCCCUCCCUUCCCCUGCGCUCUCCUUGGGCCCCUUCGCAUUUGAAUAAGUUCUUCCUAUUUCCCAUAUCUGUCUUGCGUUUUGCUCUGGAUUUACCUUUUGGGUUUCUCACACAAGAGAAGGCACUACUUAAACUUGUGUGGACAAUAUCAUUUUAGAACUUGCAGAUGUACUGUUUUAUUAUUCUAGCCCCUGCUUUCCUGCAUCCUCGUCAGUUUCUUAGGUGGCACUCUGCUGGCACUGCCGGCCUGGGGCUCCUGCACAUCCUUGGCCAGGGCGUGGCCCAGCACAGGGAGUUGGAACCUCAAGGCCUGCUGGGCGUAGGACCUCAGGAGGCAGCUCCCAGGGGAAAGCCUACCUCUAGUGUUUGCAGAUGGGAAGAAAGGACUUGAAAUUUUCCAAGUCCCUUAAUCCUGUUACUUUGUUGUAUCCCCAGGGCCUUCAUACUGAGCUACAUCCCAGCACUUUACUUUGGGAUGGGAUCUCGCUGAUUUGUUGCCCAAGCUGUGCUCAAACUCUCAGUCCUCUUGCCUCAGCCUCCCAGACUGCUGUACUAUAGGUACAAGCCCAGCUUCUCGUACUUCUAUUACUUCACAAAGCUGUAAAAGAAUUAGCCUAAUUUUGUUUCCUGUUCUGACUUAACUAGUGAAAAUUGUUACUGUACUUUUCCAGUGUUAGACUUAGCUUUCUUUAAAAGUCAAAGUUCAAAAUAACAUUUAAAGAAUUGGUGCUGAGACACCAGCAGUGUCAGACUCAGACUCAUACUCCUCCCUUGAACCACUCUUCUGAAUUUUUUUUUUUUUUUUUGAGACAGAGCCUUGCUAUGUAAUUCAGGCUGCCUUUGAAAUCUGUGUAACCCAGCCUGACCUUGAACUGACAGCAGUCUUCUUACCUCAGCCAUGUGAGUGCUGAAGUUCCAUAUUUUACUCAGGAAGUUAAGAUUUGUGCCAUGCAUGAUGGUACACACCUACAUCAUACCAGUUCUUGGGAGGCUGAAGCAGGAGGGUUGCAAGUUCAUAUACAGCUUGAGCAGUUUAGCAAAUUGCGAGACCCUGUGUCAAAAAAUGGAAAAGCUGAGGACGUAGCUCAAUGUGAAGACCCUGGAUUUAAUCCUUAGUACUGCAAAAAAAAAAAAAAAAUGGGCCUUUCGGAAGACCAUGAGCCUGAGACGCGGUGCCCAGUGGGUAGGCUGGUGCUUCCUGUGCCGUGAAGGGUGUCACUGAAGGGGCAGCCGUCACUGCUCUCCCCUUGGCUCCACCGCCACACUCUGGCUUGGUCGUUGCUGUCCCUGCAGCGAGCUCUGCAGGCCCCACCGUUACUGGCCUGUAGGCUUGAACUUCAUUCCUCCCACUCUGCCUGAAACUGCAGUGCUGCUUGGGAACAUCGAUCUUUAAAAAAAAAGAGGCAGUAGUUUUAGUCAUCGGGUGGACUUUUCUAUUCUGGCCCUUAAUCUAGAACUUGAGUGCUGCACUUCCUGGGAAGUGCUCUGCCUUUGCUCCCCACUUGCCCAGGCUCUCACUGCAGCCUCUCACCUACGUCACUCACCUACAGGUACAGGAUCUGUCUACUGCUUGUUGGGAACAGACCCAGGCCUAUUUCCCUCUAGCUAUUUAACACUACCCUUGGCUCCUCCCAGAAUCCCUUUCUGAGCCCAGGAGUAGGGGGCAGAGGGGACUGUGGCCUCAGGCCAGGCUGAGCCAGUCCCCAGCGCUUCAGCGCACCUUCCCACCUCCCCCUUCUUCCCACCUUCCCAUUCAGUCCUGCUGGGUCAGCUCAGGGUGAGCUGGUGGGGCUGCCGCAGUCAGAAGGCCUAGGGUUGGCGUUGUGACACACACGGCCCGUAUGCUGACAGCAGCCACGUGACACUUGAACUUGCAGCCAGCUUUCCAACAGCAGGUAGCUGUAGAUGGAUGCAUGGAUUUCUCAGUGAGGGUUGAAUUGGAACCCAGUUUUUAUUUUUUUUUCACUUAUACCAAUAAUAGCCAGAGACUAAAUCUAGCAUCACACUAGAUUUCAGGAGUUGCAGUGGAAACUUCUUUCACUGAAGCACGAAGAAACGCACACACAUUUGAUAAUCACUUGCUGCAUCAGAGUUAGCAAACACUUGAAGAAAUUUGUUCUCCAUUUCCAGUUUGCCAGUAUUUUUAUACUUUUCUUACCAGUAGUGUAGUGUGCAAUAGUAUAGUGUCCAGGAAAUCACUGUGAGGGAGAAAUAAUGCUUUAGUUUAUUAUUUCCUGAUCUUAAAUUUGUGUGUGUGUGUGUAUGUGUGCGUGCGCGCACGCUGGUGCUCUUUCAUCAAACUGUCCUCUCUGCUUUUUGUUUAACCUGUAAUUGUGUUUUCUGAUAUUCCUGAAUCUUACUUGCCAGGCUACCUUCUCCAUGGAACAGGGAGAUAUUAAAUGUGUUUUCCUCACUAAAUCAGGAGAAAAUAAAAAUAUCCCAGAGAAACUGUUGUUUCAAGGGUUGUCUGUGGAAUUCGUUUUGAGGUGGUAAAAUUAACUCAUAAUAUCUGGGUUGUUAUUUUCUUCAUUUGGUGUUUAUGAAUAUGUUCAUAAAAACUUCAGUUUCGGCGGGAAAUGCCUGAUGUGCUUCCUUGGAAGUUUCUCACUGUUAGUCUCUUAGGAAUUACAAAAUCUGUUACAUAUGUCCACAUAGUUUAUGUUCCUGUUUCAUAGGUAACCACAAAUACCUAUAAAUUGUAGAGUUACAUUUAGAUUCUAGCAUGGUUUGGUCAGUCACAUCCUUAAAUUUGUGGAUUUGAUAUGUACAGUGUUUGUCAUAUCUGAAGCUUACUAGACAUACUGCAUGACUGUUUAUUACACUUGCUGUUAUUUUUCCCAAGUGUUGUCAGUCUUAUUUUUCCCAAGUGUUUUCAUUAGUCUGAAUUUCAAAAUGUUCUGUAACAAAAUGUAAUUUAAACUUUUGUACAUUUUAAUGAUGCCAUGUUGUGUGUGUAUAUAGUGUAUAUAUAAAUAACAUACAUGAAUAUUAUAAAUAUCAACGUAAAAUUGAACAAUUUUCCUCAAAAUAGAGGAAUAACUUUUUGCGACAUAAAAUAUCUGAUUUUAAACCUUAGGAUUUUAUGUUAUGAUAAAAUUAGAGGAAAUAUGCUGAAGAUGCCACGUAAAUAAAAUUUUGAAAAUAAAA